AUGAAGGCCGUCCUCCGCUCCCUGCGCGGCGUGAAGGGGCGGCUGCGGGGCGAGUACGAGAAGGCCUUCGUGCCGCAGUCGCUGCCCGAGGUGCUGGGGCUCUACGUGGAGUACUCCCUACUCUGGUGGGACCCCCUGCGGCUCUGCUGCCCCGGGCCGGGGCCGGGGCCCGCGGGCCGCCGCUGGGGCCCCGCCGAGGCGGUGGACGUCACGGAGCUGGAGGGCUUCGGCUGGUUCGAAGACCUGGCCGCGUUCACGGAGCUGUCUGGAGAGGACGACCCGGACAAGGACCUGGUGCCGCAGCUCGUGCAGCGCUGCGUCUUCCCCGAGGUGGCCCGUCGGCUGCGCGAGUGCUGGGACGUGACGUCGGAGGGGCAGAGCCGCCGGGUGGCCGCGCUGCUCGACGAGUGCCUGCUCUUCGAG